GGCCAAAUAUUCCGUAUAGAUUUACACAAAGCGGUGCUGGCCUAGGCUGAGGUCGUAUAUUUUUGUGUUUUUAAAGAACACGGGGCAAACGGUGAUGUGGGCUCUCUCAAUUCAAGAGAGCUCACGGGUGCGUUGGGGUUACGGGUUCACGGGACCUAUUGAGGUUGUAUUUACGAUCCCCGGUUGUGCACCAAUGGACUUUCGGUCUGCGUAACAUUCCCUCGAAUAGUGAAGGAAAACAUCGAGAGGCAAUUACAAGAGUGUAGGAGCCAGGCGAUGCCACCUAAGAAUCGAACGGAGCUUGUAGGAGCAUUGAGUAGCAUCCUGCGACCGCUGCUGUGACUAGCGAGGUUUCGAGCACAAGGCACGGGUGGCGGAUUAGGCGUGGGGCGCGUCGUGUGGAGGCGGCGCGCGCGCGGGCGGCGCGAUGACGCGGCGCGUGCCACCAUGACGCUGCCGCCGCCCGCGCGCCCCGCGCAAAUUCCCGCCGCGCACCGCGCGAUGCGCUACUACCGCAUUUGGAUUUACGCUUGCAACGGGGCACUGCUGCUGGGAGCCCUCGCCUUCUGCGCUGCCGCCGGCCGGGCGUUAGCCGACUACCGCCGUGGGCUUGUCCCAGGCCUCGGUGCUGCGCAACCGGGCUUCCUCUACGGCUACGCAGCGUUGCCUGUUCAAGCCGGCUUGCUUCAGCUGCUCGGCUGCCUAGCAGCUUUACGCCUCUCGGAACGCAUGCUGAACGCCUACUGGCUCGCACUUCUGGCUCUGCUGGUAGGCGACGCUGCCAUCGGGGUUUAUUGGGUGUUCCGUUUUGAGCGCGUCUGUCGAGAGCUACGACCGCAGCUGCGAAUCAGGCUCGCGAAGGACUACGACAACGACGUGGAUUUCUCGGAAGCUUGGGACCGCCUGCAGCGAGAGCAAAGUUGCUGCGGCGUCACGGGUCCCUCAGAUUUUGCAACGUUCAAUCGGACCAUUCUGCCACCAAGCUGCUGUCGAAUACCAGCAAAUACGCCAGCAGUCACCCCGGUUACAUUUUCCACGCCAGCUAGUUCACCGGUCUCCUUUACCCCAGUUCAUUGUAUACCACAUACAGCCGCUUGCGCCGAAAGGUUACUCAAUUGGCUCAGAAAAACAGCUGACGCGCUAUUCGUUUUAGGCUAUUGUGUUAUUGCAUUCUUAAAAUUUUGUUUCCUCGGAAUUCUUAGAUGCGAAAUCAAAGAAAUGAUUCAGAAAAUUAGGAUACUUCGCAGCGAAAUGGGUGCCGACGAGCUUUUAGACAGUAGCCCAUUACACGGGGGACCUCUGUCUCAAACCAUAGUUGUGAAUGCUGUAAACGCGAACGGAGGGGUUCGUACACACGGUGGAAGUCCAGAAAGAGCAAGUGAACGCGAGGCUUUGCUAGGCAGGGCUUCGGAACCGUGUUCGAGACGCAGCAUACACGAGGACUCCUUAGGACCGAAAACCGUGAACGGCAACAACAACUGCGAGAUGCGUGAGCUGGCGCGUGGCGACUACAGGCCCUUGGCAGCGGACAGUGCUGCAACCAGAAUCUGACUAAGAUGUUACCUGGAGCGGUUGUUUGGGCGGCGGUGGCGGUCGUUCCCCGCUGCAGGGUUCGAGAUGGACCUGCCCCGGGCGCGCAGCGUUCCCACGUGCGCACACCGCUCAGCCGGUAGAGUUCGUCUCGACCACCGUCGUCACACGCGCUCCGAGUUUGAACUAUAAACGGUGCCACUACAUUCAAUAGUUCCAAUGUUGUUUAUUGUGGUUAUGUGUUAUCUAGAAUACAGACUACAUGAUGUUUUGA